CAGGACAUCAGGCACGAAGCCAGUGAUUUUCCAUGUAAAGUGGCCAAACAUCCCAGAAACAAAAAUAGAAAUAGGUACAGAGAUGUCAGCCCCUUUGAUCACAGUCGAAUUAAGCUAAACCAAGGUGACAAUGACUAUAUCAAUGCUAGUUUGAUAAAAAUGGAAGAGGCCCAAAGGAGCUACAUCCUUACCCAGGGACCUUUGCCAAAUACUUGUGGUCACUUUUGGGAGAUGGUUUGGGAACAGAAAAGCCGUGGUGUUGUCAUGUUGAAUAGAGUGAUGGAAAAGGGAUCCAUAAAGUGUGCACAGUAUUGGCCACAGAAGGAGGAGAAAGAAAUGUUUUUUGAAGAUACAAACUUGAAACUAACAUUGAUAUCUGAAGAUAUAAAAUCAUAUUACACAGUACGACAGCUAGAAUUGGAAAACCUUACAACACAGGAAACGAGAGAGAUUCUGCACUUUCAUUAUACUACGUGGCCUGACUUUGGCGUCCCGGAGUCACCUGCCUCAUUCCUCAAUUUUCUGUUCAAAGUGAGAGAGUCUGGCUCGCUUAACCCUGAGCAUGGGCCCGUUGUGGUGCACUGCAGUGCAGGAAUCGGGAGAUCGGGAACUUUUUGUUUGGUUGAUACGUGUCUUCUACUGAUGGACAAACGGAAAGAUCCUUCUUCUGUGGACGUUAAACAGGUUCUCCUAGAAAUGAGGAAGUACAGAAUGGGACUCAUACAGACAGCAGAUCAGCUCCGUUUCUCCUACUUGGCUGUUAUUGAAGGGGCGAAAUUCAUUAUGGGAGAUGCCUCAGUGCAAGAGCAGUGGAAAGAGCUCUCCAAUGAAGACCUGGACCCUCCACCUGAACAUACCCCACCACCUCCCAGACCACCAAAGCGAACCUCAGAAAUGCACAAUGGAAGGAUGCAUGAACACACAGAAUUCUUUCCUAAACAUCAAGUAGUAGAGGAAGAGAUUGGAUGUUCAGUCAGCACUGUGGAAGAGAUGGUUCCAGAUGGCAGAGCUCGUUCAUCUGUACCACUGAUCACAGACAGCACUAGUCAAGACACUGAAAUUCGGAGGAGAACUGUUGGUGAAAAUCUGCGUCUCUCGCCCCACAAAGAGGAGUCGAUGAAGUCUGAAAACUCAGAAGAGGAUGAUGAGAACAUGAUGACAACUUGGAAGCCAUUUCUAGUGAAUAUAUGCAUGUUCACUUUCCUCACGGCAGGAGCUUAUCUCUGUUACAGGGUGUGUUUUCAUUGAUGGACGUGCCAGCAAGGUUGACCCUGCAGAAAACACCAAUGAUUGAUCGGUUUGUAAUAAGCUUCUCUGAAGGAAAGCUAACUGGGGCAUGGGAGCCAUGUCUCAGUGGAGGUAGAUCUUAGGUUGAAAGGCCAGAACUUUGGUUAGGGCUUAAAGAGAGAAUUGAUGCACUAGGGUUUUAUCUAGCCCUGUGGUCCCAAGAACAUAAUAUUCUAAUCUCAGGGCCUUAAAAUAUUCAGGAGUAAGCAGAGAAAAUGCCAAAUAGUCUGUUUUCCUUUUUUUUUUUCUUUUUUUUUUUCCAACUAAAUAAUAGAAUUACAACACAUUGUUGUUUUUAGCCUUUUUUUAAAAAGCCAGUUCUUUUUCUUUUGUGUUUCAGAAAAACUAGGCACAAGUGAAACUUGCUUGUACUCUCCAAGUGUUGUAACCAAAUACAUGACUUAGAUUGAUGAGUUCCCAAAAAAAGAAAAAGAAACCCACAUACCUAAAGAAUGUAAACUUUUUGGAACAGGGG